GCCAGCAGCUCCUCCCUUGCGUGGCCGCCGCGCCCCCCCGCGCCGCAUCAAACAAAUGGGGCGCUUUCUGGACUGAUGAUAUGGACAAAUCGGGCUCCGAUCCGGAUGAGAAGGCCUACCCCUUCGACGCAAGGCAAACCGAGGAGGAGGAGAAUGCGAACGCCACGGUGUCCGCGCCGCCGGAAGAUACCACAGAGACGCCCAGCCGGAGGAAUUUGGUCACCAAGAGUCAAUCUUUCCUCCGGGCGAGGCUGUCGAUGCCGGACCGCAUCGAAAUCUCGCGGAUGCGCGAGGAAUACCUGCAGCGGAAGCCCGGCUACUGCUUCUCUGCUCGACACCAGCCUCUGAGGGUUGAGAUUUACUUGCUCUUGGAGGAGCCGACGAGCAGUCGAUCGGCCAAGAUGUUAUCCAUCGUGGUCUUUGUGUGUAUCAUUCUGUCCAUCGCCCUUUUCAUGCUCGAGACCAUGCCGGAGCUCAAGGAUGUGCCAGAUGAAUUCUGGGUGGCUUCGGAGUGCUUCUUCACCAUCGUCUUCAUGGUGGAGUACAUGACCAGACUUUUGGUCUGCGAUGUCUCGGGCGUUUCGGCGUGGGCGUUCAUCAGGACGCCGAUGAAUAUCGUGGACGUGGUGGCCGUGUUGCCUUUCUUUGUGAUCCUCGCGCUCUCCAAUGUGGGUAAAGCCAUAGGCUUCAUCCGGGCGGUGCGCCUGGUACGGCUGUUUCGGAUCUUCAAGCUAGGGCGGUACUCCACCGGCUUGAAGAUGAUGAUGGUGGCCCUAGGCAAUAGUGGGCAAGCGCUCAGCGUCUUGGUCUUCUUCCUGGGGAUCGGCUGUGUGCUCUUCUCCAGCAUGGUCUAUCAUUUGGAGAAGCUCUCCUGCCCUGAUCAGACCAACUUUAAUACCACUGAGCUCUCGACCUACAAGGAGGAGUGUACGGACAAGCUGCGGCGGGUCUCGCAGUACGGGUUGUGCUGCAACGAGCAGAACGUCCCGCUGGAGUUCCCGUCGAUUCUGUCCACCUUCUGGUGGACCAUAGUCACCAUGUCCACCGUGGGCUACGGCGACAUAGCACCGCGGACCCCGCCCGGGAAGCUUGCAGGUGCUGUGACGAUGUGCUCGGGGAUCUUGCUCUUUGCGCUGCCCAUCGCCCUAAUUGGCUCCCGCUUUCAGGAAGCCUACAACAUGGCCGUCUCCAGGGAUAGCCCAUCGCUGCAGGUCCGAAAGAGAUCCAAGGACCGUGAUGAGCCGCCCUUCAAGAUCAUGAGCACCCGGCUGCGAUUGCUGCGCUUCAGCAAUACCUCCAUGACGCGCUUGGCCAAAGAACUGUCGAAGGAGCUUGAAGAGGCCUCCGAAAUGCAGGAGGACAUCCGCAUGUUCGAACGGGCGGAGAAGGAGCUCCAGAAGGAGGUCCUCAAGAGCGGACUGCAAGUCGUCAGCCGUCUCCAGUUCCACGUGGACGCCGCCAAGGUUGGGGCAACGACCACGGCGUCCAGUGCGCCCAGUGGAGGUCUGGCCGAGGGUCGCUCCAAUGCGGCGCCAGCCUCCCCGCCGCUGCCGGAGGUGGUGCUGCCGCACCAGCGCAUGGUGGAGCCAGACCGCGAGGUGGUGGUGCCGGACCGGUCGAGGCUGGGGAAGAUGGUGUCCUUCGACGUGCCGCGUCAGGGUGGUUGAUGUCAACCGGGAGGCACCGACCAGGCUGCUGCGGCCGAUGAAGUGAUGCCAGGGACCAGGACGUCGAACCCACGGAGAUGGAGGCGGAUCCACCCACAAACUCAAGACCUCCG